AACUAGAUCACCCAAGAAAAACAACUUUGCUUGGUAUAAUACACCUGUGUACAUGUCCUGUGUGUAAACAAAGUUACACCAAGCAAAGUUGAUCACCCAUUUUAGGUCCUGACUCCUGAACCGUGCCCAUUCGGCCAUUCCUACUUGCAGCUGCCAGCAGUUGCCACCGUGACUUUAAGGUCGUAAAUGCGUUUGUCCCUAAAGAUCUAACAGAUCAGGUGACAUUCGAUCUGCGAGCAUAUAGAGAUAGCGGGAGAGGAGCAGGUAAUGAAUACCAACUUUGCGGUUGAGCUGUUUGGGGAAGAUGAAGACGGAGACAACUAUUCAAACGACGAGCAACAGCACCCUCCACAGCAGCGCCAGUCAUCAGCCUCACAAUCGUCUUCUUCAUCGUCCUCCGCAGCCUCCUCCUCCUCAUCCGCCUCUUCGGGUGGUUCUUCACCGUCGUCUUCCAAUAGAAGUAGCAGCGUUAGUGGGAGUGGAAGCGACAGCGGCAGAGAAGAAGACGAUAAUGGGGAAGUCAGGUCUUCUAAUAAUGAUGUUAUUAGUAGUGAUCACAGAUAUGAGAUUGAGGAUGAGGAUAAGGAUCUGUUUGGCUCAGAUAAUGAGGAGUAUGUAAAAACACAUGCUACUAGUCCCUACCCAGUUCCUGUUUUGCCCCCAGUGCGUAAUAUAAACAACCCAUCAAGAGGAGGUAUUGGGCGUGGACGUUGGCAGAAUGGUAGAGGGAAUGGCAUUCUUCCUUCUCCCAAUUAUCCACCAAGACAGAGUUACAAUUAUGGUUCCAAGCUCCCCAAUGUUCCUCGCGAUGAGCGUUUUGUUUCUGAGCUUAAGUUUGCAAAGAGUGAAGAAACAUUGGCAAGAAAGUCCACUGCGAUCCAACAGCCUUGCGAACUUGCUUGCUAUAGUCGAGUGGAAGGGGGAGACGUCUACUUUGACGAUAGUAGCUUGAGGCUAUUUAAACGUCUUAUUACUGAAGAUAUCGGGGCUGACCUGAAUGAAGGCUUUGAUACUUUCAUUGAGAAGGGAGAUCUGGGAUCUCAGGGUUUUGGUGACCUUCUUGCCUGCAUUAGGCACAAGAAGAAGGAAAUUUCACUUGAAAGGAUGCACUUUGUGACAUUCCGCAACAACUUGAAUAAGAUAAUGGCUACUGCCUAUAUCAGGAAUGAGCCUUGGGAAAUGGGAGUUCACAAAAGGAAAGGUGUUGUUUACCUGGAUGUGCACAAAUUACCGGAAAGGCCAAAAAGUGAUCUAGAUAGAAGAAGGUGUUACUGGGGCUAUUGUUUUGAAAGCCUGGCCACUGAAGAUCAUGGUAGAGAACGGAUUUGUGACAUUGAUGCAAAUGUCGAAUUCUGUUCUGUACUUAAAACCAAAAUAGGAGCUCACCGUGUUUUGCUGGGGGCUGAAAUAGAUUGCUGUGAUUCAAGGGAUAACGAUGAAAAAAGAUUCUAUAUUGAACUAAAAACAAGCCGGGAGUUGUUGGACCAUCAUACUGAGGAAAAAUUUGAGAGGGAGAAACUGCUCAAGUUCUGGAUCCAGUCGUUCAUUGCUGGUGUGGAAUACAUUGUUGUUGGAUUUAGGGAUGAUAAUGGUUUCCUUGUCCGGACUGAAAGAAUGAGAACCAAUGAGAUCACACAAAGGGUAAAACUCAAAGGUUAUUGGCAGGGCGGAGUAUGCCUUGCUUUCUUAGAUGAGGUCUUAUGCUGGCUUUAUGGGACAGUGAAGGAAAAUGAAGAUUACAUCUUGCAGUUCACUGCACACUCGAAUCGGUUGGAGCUUCUACGAGCUCAGUCAUGCCCGGAAGCAAUUACUCAGCAUGUUCACGAACUCUAUGUUUUAUGAAUGGUAUGUGCAUUAGAGACAGACUAUAAAGCAGCUCGAUUCCAUUUAAAUGGGUUCAGGCCAGAUUUAAUCCCCUUUUAGCUGUAACUUAUCAUUAAGUGUAAUGUGCAUAGCAAGAAAGUGCACCUUGAAUGAAUGAAUGAAUGUUAGUAAUAAACUUGACCACGGUUUCUAUGAAGUAAUAUUCUUUACGAGUCCAA